CGGCUGUAUUGCCGCACUACAGAUUCGCAGUGGCAGUGUGAAAUGCCCGAGGGAGGUUGGGCGACGAGCCACGGCGCCCGAUGCGCCAUGCAGCGGCGUCCGCUCGGCUGCUCUCAGAGAGCAUGUCGUGCCAUGGGCGCUCGCUUGGAGGCGAAGAGCCCGGCUGCGUGCCGUGCUGUGGGGGCGGCCGCGGCAUGCCGUCAUCGCAGCGACGGAGCCGCGAGGCUCGUGCUUAUGGAGGGCCAUCUCGCGACAGUCAGGGGCUGCGGCGCCGCGGGCCGACUGAGAUCGCUGCGGCGGCGCCUCGAGGGCUCGUGGGAUGGCCAAGGCAUGAGAUUGCAAGGGGACGGAGAGGCAGGCAGGUCACAGCAGCAGCGUGCCGGGGGCGAGACGGAUGGACGAGAAAGGGCGGGGCUUUGCUAGAAUAAGGAAUGCACACGCACAGGAGAGAGAGAGAGAGCAGCAGGGAAGACCAGGGCAGACGGGAGCGACGGGACGGUGCAAAGAGGUAACCAAGGCAGCAGACGUGGAGAUGAGGGUGGGGUAAGCAGCGGCUGCAUGCCGCGGCGUGGGAUGAAGAGGUGGAGUGUGCGACUAGGCGUGGUUGAGUGUGUGGUAGUGUGUGCUUUGGAAAGUGGGUGCAGCUUGGCCGUGGACGAACGUGCGAUGGGCGAGAGGCGUGGGGCGCGGAGGGCCGAGGAGACAUGGCAGACGAAGAG